UUUAUUUUCAUAUCAUUUUCAUUCUAGCUCUCUCUCUCUCUUACCGUCUCCCUUUCCUUCCUUCUUCUCUGGUUCUUUCUCUCCUUCUCAUGCAGCUUUUGUAAUGAAAGCAAUGCAUGGUUAUAGAGUGAUCUGUUUGAUAUUGCUCUGUAUCAUAAAUCCCAUUUCAUUUUUCAUGUAAAGUUUUUGGCUUUGGGGUUCAUCAGGAUCUGUACAAAGUUUAACCACCGGCUCAAGCCACAUUAAUAGCGGUAAGAUGGACACAUCUGUAAAAUGUCUUAUAAACAGCAUUUCUCGAUUCAUUCAUUUAGUUUCAUGCCAAAAUGUGAAACCCAUGCCCAUACAGAAGGACUAUAGAAAUAUAGCUGGUGUGCUGAAGCUUUUGAAGCCAUUUCUUGAUGAAGUGCUUGAUUCCGGAAUGUACUCUGAUGAGAUCCUAUGUAAAGAAUUUGAAGAGUUGGAUAUGGCUGUUAAUAUGGCUAGAGAGUUCAUGGAAGACUGGUCUCCAAAAAUGAGCAAGAUUUGCAGUGUUUUACGAAGCGAGCAAUUGUUUAUGAAAAUUCAAGGUUCUUUACUUCUGAUCUGCUGCGCACUGCACAGAUUUCUGCAGUCAUCUGAUUCACCCAGUUCAAGAGUGACUGCUAUUAAGCACUGUAUGCAGGAAGUUCAGUCCAUGAAGCAGGAAAGAAUAGCUAAAGAUAUAGAAGAUGCUAUGAGAGCUCAAAACAGUGUCUUGUCCAGCGAACAUCUUAUGAGAAUCAUCGAAUUGCUUGAUUUGACGUCAAGCCAAGAAUUGUUGAAAGAAAUUAUUGCUGUAGAGAAGGAGAGAAUGAAUGCUGAAUCCAGUAAAGUGAGAGGAGAAUUGAACCAAAUUAGGCAGAUUAUGAGUCUUGUCUACCAUAUCCGUGAUUGCAUGGUUAAGGUUCAGCGACUUGAAGCCGUCCCAGUCCCUUCAUACUUCUGCUGUCCUUUGUCAUCAGAACUCAUGUUGGAUCCUGUGAUUGUGGCUUCAGGACAAACGUACGAGAGAUCUUCGAUCCAGAAGUGGCUUAAUGAUGGGCUGACCAUUUGCCCCAAGACUCAUCAAAAGUUGGCUCACACAAAUGUCAUUACUAAUUAUACUGUCAAAGCUAUGAUAGCGACAUGGUCCGAGGAGAACAAUGUAAAACUUCCUGCUAACUCUGACCGCACUAGAGUCAUAGUCUCAUUACAACCAGACCAUGUGUCUCCUAGGGUUUCAGUUGCCACAGAUAGUGUACAAUGCUCUUUACACAGUAACAAUUCUACAUCAAGAUCAUUUGUAGAAGUUGGAAAUGGAACCGAGAAGCGAAAUGAAGAUGUUUCUCCUGUAUUACGUCGAGAGAAGCCCAAUGGUUGCCACAGUAUGGAAAAAGGCCAUCCAUCCCCUGAACACUCGUACUCUCACAGCAGGAGUGAAUCAACCUCCAGUGCUGUUUCGAGUAUUGAUUAUGUGCCAUCAGCAUUGACUGAGGUGUCAGGGGUAUCAUAUAAGCCUGAAACUGCGAAUGAGUUGUCUGGAGAAAUUACUUCCGAGCAUGUUGCUCCUAUUCCUCCAUAUAAAGAACCAAGAAAUUCUCAUUGGCUGUCAGGUAAGCAGUUUAAUGUCUCCAAUACAAGGGAAGCUACAACAGGGAGUGGGAACCUUAGUAACUUGAAUAAAGAGUCCAUAUCAUCAGUAUCUGAGGAUUUAACAACGGCUUCCCAUGUAACUAAACUGAUUGAAGAUCUCAAAAGUCUAUCCACCGAAGAGCAAACUACAGCUGCUGAAGAACUCCGGCUUCUCGCAAAGCACAAUGUGGAGAAUCGCAGUAUUAUUGGUCAGUGUGGUGCUAUCAAACCGUUACUUUCACUGCUGUAUUCAGAGGUGAAGAAAACGCAGGAACAUGCUGUAACUGCUCUUUUGAAUUUAUCAAUUAAUGAAGACAAUAAAGCUAUGAUUGCUGAAGCAGGAGCAAUAGAACCAUUGAUCCAUGUACUAAGAACUGGGAAUAAUGGAGCAAAAGAGAAUUCGGCUGCAGCUUUAUUCAGCCUCUCUGUACUGGAAGAAUACAAGGAAAAAAUUGGUCGUUCUGGUGCAGUGAAAGCUUUAGUGGAUCUUCUAGGAUCAGGGACUCUCAGAGGAAAGAAGGAUGCUGCUACUGCUUUGUUUAACCUAUCUAUUUUUCAUGAAAAUAAGGCUCGGAUAGUUCAAGCUGGGGCCAUAAGGCAUCUUGUAGAGUUACUUGACCCAGGUACUGGGAUGGUUGACAAGGCUGUUGCCCUUCUUUCAAACUUGUCCACAGUAGGAGAGGGUCGUUUAGCAAUGGUGCGGGAAGGGGGAAUUCCAUUACUAGUUGAGAUCGUUGAAUCAGGUUCCCAGAGGGGGAAGGAAAAUGCUGCCUCCAUACUACUGCAACUGUGCCUUCAUAGUACUAAAUUUUGUACCCUGGUUCUACAGGAAGGAGCUGUCCCUCCCCUUGUGGCCUUAUCUCAAUCUGGCACACCGAGAGCGAGAGAAAAGGCACAGCAGCUCCUCAGUCAUUUUCGUAAUCAGCGCGAAGGGUCUACCGGGAAAGGAAAAUCAUGAAAAGAGAGACAUUUCUUGAUCUGUGUUCUUCAUCCGAGCACCCCAUUAGCCUUGAGGACUACUUUUCAUAUAUUCUUUGAUUUUAACCAUAAUUUAUUGCAACAUAUUCUAGAUAUCAUUUGUUUCUUCCUUUUCUGCUGGGUGCUGACUGGAUUGUAAAACGUAGUAGGAAUUCUUUUGUGCUAUGUCAGCUACUUUGCCUUAGUUUUUCUUAGAAUAUAGUUAUUGUUGAGUGGUGGAGUUAGAUUCAGUGCAGGUCCUUUUUUUCUUUAUUUGUUUUGGUACUCAAUCAGUGGUGUAUAUAUAUAUAUAUAUACUGUACAUAUGCUAUAGACUCUUGUAAUCUGGUACAAUACAGUCUUGGUUUCUUGUGUAUGCUAGUUGGUAUACAGUAGA